AUGGCUUCUUUAUGGAGUUACCAAGAAGAGACAGUGGAUGAAUUGAGACAAAAGCUUUUGUACACUAAUCUUGAACUUGAACAAUUGAAGACAGAAAAAAUAGAUGAAAUGAGGAAGAAUAAAGAAUAUGUGAAGCAAUUAAUCCAAAUCUUGAAGAUAGUUUGUCAAGAAAGAGAUGAAGCAAAAGAUGAAAUUCAAAAACUAGUCAAUAGUCCUCUUAUCAUGAAGUCCACAAAAGCAAAUUCAAGUAUAACUGAGUCUUCAGUAACAUACAAUUACCAUAAUUCAUCUCCAAAAAUCAACUCAGUUUCUUCCCCUGAAUGUUCCAACAACAACGUCAACGCUGCUUAUGAUCGUAAUGUUCGAUUCUCAGAUAAUUGUGUUACUCAAUUGGCCCUAAAAGUUGACAAGGCCUCAUUGGUUAUUGACAAUCUUGUAAAGGGGAAAACUUUGCCUCAACAAGGGAAACUCUUGCAAGCUGUUAUUGAAACAGGGCCAAUUCUGCAGACACUUUUAGUUUUCGGACAACUUCCUCAAUGGCGAAAUCCCCCUCAGUUUACACCGUUUAAUAUCCCACAAGUUUCCAUUAAAGGGGAUAGUUAUUUGAGCCAUCCUGAAGAUUCAAGAUCAUUGCAAAUUUCUCAACAAAUGUUGUCAACAUGUAUGUUAAAUUUUGCUAGUUUUGACUCUGGUUCUUGUUUGGAAAAUCAGAGUUUGAAUAAGUUUAUCUUAGGAAAGAGGCAAAGAUUGUACUGAAAGAAGUUUAAGGAUCAUCAAAACCUUAUGCUUCCAAUUUUUGUA